UUCUGAUCUUCCUUCUGCAUUACAUACUAAAUCCAUCCAACAUAGUUCCUCAAGAUCAAUGGCUGUUAAUAAUGGUAAUAUUCUGGGGAUUUCCAUGCCAGUUGAGGCAAGUGAAACAAGCAAAGAACAAAUCAUCAGUACCUCCCCCAUGCCAAAAUUUGACUUGCCAGUUGACUCUGAGCACAAAGCCAAAACCCUCAAGAUCUUCUCCUUUGCACCACCUCACAUGAGAGCCUUCCACCUUUCUUGGAUUUCUUUCUUCACUUGCUUCAUAUCAACCUUUGCUGCUGCUCCACUCGUUCCAAUCAUCCGCGACAACCUGAACCUGACAACAAGUGACAUAGGGAAUGCUGGAGUUGCUUCUGUGUCCGGAAGCAUCUUCUCCAGGCUUGUUAUGGGUGCAGUUUGUGACCUUAUAGGCCCGCGAUAUGGCUGCGCUGUCAUCAACAUUUUGGCAGCUCCAGUGGCAUUUUCAGUUGUUUUCGUGUCAUCAGCUGAUGGAUAUAUUGCAAUUAGGUUCAUGAUUGGGUUUUCGCUUGCUACUUUCGUGUCUUGUCAAUUUUGGAUGAGCACAAUGUUUAGUAGUAAAAUCAUUGGCCUUGUUAAUGGAACCACGGGUGGGUGGGGGGAUAUGGGAGGCGGGGCUACUCAGCUUUUGAUGCCCUUUCUUUAUCACAUGAUUCAGAUAUGCGGAGCUCAUUCUUUUACUGCAUGGAGGAUUGCCUUCUUCGUACCCGCCUUUCUUCAUCUUAGUAUUGGGAUCAUGGUCUUGACUCUCGGCCAAGAUUUGCCUGAUGGAAACCUUGGUUCUCUGCAAAAGAAGGGUCAAGUAGCCAAGGAUAAAUUCUCUAACGUGUUUUGGUACGCAGUCACAAACUACAGGACAUGGAUAUUCGUUAUCCUCUAUGGUUAUUCUAUGGGUAUAGAGCUGUGCAUAAACAACGUGAUAGCCACAUACUUCUAUGACAGGUUCAAUCUCGAACUUCACACUGCAGGAAUGAUUGCUGCAACAUUUGGCAUGGCCAACAUUGUAUCUCGUCCAUUCGGAGGCUACGCUUCUGAUUUAGCAGCCCAAAAAUUUGGCAUGAGAGGAAGACUAUGGAUCCUCUGGGUAGUCCAAACCCUAGGAGGCAUCUUUUGCAUAUGCCUCGGCCGCGCCAAUUCACUACCUAUUGCCAUACUUUCCAUGGUAUUGUUCUCAAUAGGUGCUCAAGCUGCCUGUGGUGCAACAUAUGGAAUCAUUCCUUUUGUCUCGAGACGAUCAUUAGGCUUGAUUAGUGGAUUAACUGGUGCAGGUGGCAACUUUGGAGGCGGUUUAACGCAGUUAAUAUUUUUUACAGGGACCAGGUUUUCCACUCCAGCUGGUUUGUCUGGGAUGGGAAUGAUGGCUGUGGUUCUGACUCUGCCUGUAGCAUUUGUGCACUUUCCUCAAUGGGGAAGCAUGUUUCUUGGGCCUUCAGAAAAAGGUGAAAAAUCCGAAGAAGAUUUCUACGCAUCAGAGUGGAACGAAGAAGAAAAAAGCCAAGGUUUACAUAAAGGAAGUGUUAAAUUUGCUGAAAAUAGUCGAUCAGAGCGUGGCAAGAGAAUGAUUGUGGCCGUGAUAACUCCGCCUAGCGACAGCCCUGUCAGGGUCUGAUCCACAUAAAUAUUGUUACAGAAGAAUAAAUUUUGAUACUUACAUCAAAAACACUUCUAUUUCACAUUGUAUAAUGACGAAAGAGAGAAAUUUAGCUACUGGUGCAUAUGUAUUACUUGUGGUUGUGAAAGAAUGUAAGGUAACUGGCAACUUGUGUUUCAGUCUUAAAUGCUCUGUAGUCUGAAGGUGUUUACUGUUUAUCA